GGGAGUCUUCCGUCUCCACAGUGACCCCCGACGGGGGUGGGAGGGGAGCAAAGUCCUCCUGCCAGAUCACUACGCCUGAUCCUCAACGCCUGCUACGGACUUUACGUAACCUUCCCCCAGAUUAUCGCGCUGCUGCGUUCCCUGCGAUUCCCGGAAAAGCUACGCCACUUCCGCACGUGAGCAUGACAGCGGCUCCGGGUCGCCGAGGGGCCCCAACAGGGGCUGUGCCCUGCUGCUGAGGACCCCCGGGGGGUGAUCGGUAUUGUUUAGGUGAGACCUUUGCGGGCCGUCAUGCAGGAUGAGCCGGAUGGACCGAGCAAGCCGGUGGUGCUGGGGAGGUCGCUGCAGGAACCGGCCAGGUUCGCCUACGCAGGACUGUGCGCCAUUUCUUUGGCUCAUCUCUUCCCGGAGAAAGAACAAAGGGAUUUCUGCGGGAGGUUUGUGGAGGAUUUGGUGCGAUGGUUGGACUUGUCCCCCUCCGUCAUUCCGGCCAUGGAGGCCUUCGCCAGCGGGCUGGGAGGAGAAGGAACGGAAACCUUCACCGCGGUCCUGCUGGAGGAUCCCGUCAUGAAGGAGAAGCCGACUCUCAUCACUCAGGAUCUGGUGUCAUUCUCCCUCCGGGACGGGUACUAUGACGCGCGGAGCCGCGUGUUGAACUCCCACGUGUCCUGGCUGCUUCGCGUCCCUCCGGAAACCAUGGAGCUGAGCGAGGAAUCCCUGAUGGAGAGUCUGAAGGAAAACAAGGAGGAACCCUCAGAGUCGGUUCAGGCGUCUCGCAGAAAGAAGGAGAGCCGGAGGAAGAUGAAGAGGUAUUUUCUGAUUGGCCUAGCAACCGUGGGAGGCGGCACAGUAAUAGGUCUUACUGGAGGUCUGGCCGCUCCGCUGGUCGCUGCGGGAGCCGCCACCAUCAUCGGGAGUGCGGGAGCCGCUGUCCUGGGGUCCACGGCCGGCAUCGCCAUCAUGGCGUCUUUGUUUGGAGCAGCCGGAGCGGGUCUCACAGGCUACAAGAUGAAGAAGCGAGUCGGCGCCAUAGAAGAGUUUGAGUUUUUACCUCUCACCGGAGGACGCCAGCUCCACAUCUCCAUCGCCAUCACUGGCUGGCUGUCCACCGGAAAAUAUGGCAGCUUCGCCGCCCCGUGGCAGAGCCUCCUGCACUCCACCGAGCAGUACUGUCUGGCCUGGGAGUCCAAAUACCUCAUGGAACUGGGAAACGCGCUGGACGCCAUAUGGAAUGGUCUGGUGAACAUUUUCGCCCAGGAGGCCCUGAAGUACACCAUCUUGUCAGGAAUCGUGGCGGCACUGACGUGGCCGGCCUCCCUCCUCACCGUGGCCAGUGUGAUUGACAACCCCUGGGGGGUGUGUCUGAGCCGAUCGGCAGAGGUUGGCAAACACCUGGCACACAUACUGCUCAGACGCCAGCAGGGACACAGACCGGUGACUCUGAUUGGCUUCAGUCUCGGCGCUCGGGUCAUUUACUUUUGCCUGCAGGAACUGGCGCAGGAAUCCGGCUCGGAGGGGAUCAUAGAGGACGUGGUGCUGCUGGGAGCCCCGGUGGAAGGAGACGCCAAGAGAUGGAAACCCCUGACACGCGUUGUAGCCGGACGGAUCAUCAAUGGUUACUGCAGAGGGGAUUGGCUGCUGGGUUUCGUGUACAGAAGCUCCUCGGCGAAGCUGAAUGUGGCCGGUCUACAGCCGGUGGACUUGGAUGACCGGAGGAUGGUGAAUGUGGACCUGUCUUCGGUGGUAAACGGACAUCUGGACUACAUGAAGCAGAUGGACACGCUGCUCAAGGCGGUCGGAAUCAAGACCAAGGAGUGUCGUUUCGAAGAGCAAAACGGACUGCUCCGCCCAUCAGGCGUGGUCGCAGUACAAACGCACGGCGAGCCCGCGGAAGAGAAGACAGAGAGGGGCGAGAACCGAUCGCCGUGGGACUGGGAACCGGUGAGCGCAGAAGCAGCCCAAGAAAACGAGACCGGACCCCAAAAUCACCACCCGGGCCCCUCAGCCGCCGACCAUCACCGCGACAAAGAGGACCCCCCGUUGUGUAAAGACUGCGCCAACAACAACGAGGACGGCUCAGACUGUGCGUGUAAAAGAAGCUCCACCACCACGUUUCAUUGUCCUCUUACGCGUGCGCGCCCCAGAUGAUGCAACGCAGACAGUCUGUGACCCACUUAGACAUCCUCACCACGGGGGGACGGCAAAAACCAGGACACCAUGAGGACGACGGCGCCUGGCCACGUGCCGUCCCCCUGAUACUGCCAUUCCUGGGAUCGCUCGGCGUCACCGAGACCCUGCCAGGCUCAGACAGAGAGCAAAGAGGACCUGUCACUCCGCAAUCACAGAGAGCAAAGAGGACCUGUCACUCAGCAAUCACACAGAGCAAAGAGGACCUGUCACUCAGCAAUCACACAGAGCAAAGAGGACCUGUCACUCAGCAAUCACAGAGACAGAGAGCAAAUAGGACCUGUC